AUAUCUCAUUUAAUUUACAAUUUACAGUAUGGUGAAUACGAUUUGUUAAUAUUACACAUAUUAAGAUAAAUACACUGUGCUAAUUGCCAUAUUGAUGAGUUUUAACUUGAACGGUAUUAGUUAUGUUUGACAGAAAUGUAUCAAAUGACUUAAUGGUAACGUUUUUCAUUGUGUUAGGUAUACUUGGGAAUAUACAUUGUCAAGGUUAUGACGGUAGAGCACAAAAUGGGGACUCACUAACGCCAAUGGAUGUUGUCGAUUGUUCCUUGGUCAAAUGUGCUCCGUUGCCUUUGUUUCCUCCAUGCCUAAAUGGUGUGUACACCCCAGUUGGAUCAUGUUGUCCAGUCUGCAGAGAAAACCCGGUACGAUGUCCGCCAGUGGAAAAUGUCACAGCAAACAUGUGUCAACUUAUAAAAUUUGUGCCUUGUAAAACUGACAAUGACUGUGUUGGUGCUGAUUUAUGCUGUCCAAACGGUUGUGGGCUUGCAUGCCAAUACCCAGUGUCAGAUUGCUCAGCAGUAUUGUGUUUAAAACCUGAUUGUUUAGUGUCUCAUGUACCACCCGGACAAUGCUGCCCUGUAUGUGAAGCAGAAUGUACAACAAAAGCUCUAUGUCCGCCUAUAAAGUGUCCAUUUGGUUCAUAUAUACCGGAAGAGAGGUGUUGUCCUACAUGUAAACCAGAUUGCACAUCGGUUGAUUGUCAACCUAUUUUGUGUCUGCAAGGUUCGUUCACACCAGAUGGAGAAUGUUGCCCUGUUUGUAAGCCAGUGUGUUCCCUGGUCCCAUGUGAUCCGUUGCCUUUGUUUCCUCCAUGCGUGUUUGGUGUUUAUACCCCAGUUGGAUCAUGUUGUCCAGUCUGCAGAGACAAGCCGGUAAAAUGUCCACAUGUACAGAAUAUUACACAAGAAGAAUGCAACCUAAUUGAUUUUAUACAAUGUACAGAUGUCAGUGACUGUGAAGGUGCUAAUAUAUGCUGUCCAAACGGUUGUGGGCUUAUGUGUCAACGCCCAAUACCAGAUUGCUCAGCAGUAUCGUGUUUUGUUCCUGACUGUUCAGUGACACACAUACCACGUGGAGAAUGUUGCCCUGUAUGUGGACCAGAUUGUACUAAAGUUUUUUGCCCACUUCUCAAGUGUCCUUUUGGUUCUUACACACCAAAAAGAGAGUGCUGCCCUGUUUGUAGACAAGAUUGUAGACUUGUUCGUUGUUUAAGGUGGUGCGAGAAUAGUACUUAUGCGUCUGAAGGAGAUUGUUGUACUAGUUGCAAAUUAGAGAAGCCAGGUAUAUGUCCAAAACCUACUGCAACAGCUUUGAGUACAUGUGUAGAUGCUUGUUGGGGUGACCACGAUUGUACUGGUGACCAGAAAUGUUGUUCUAACGGAUGUGGUCGUACAUGUCAAGAUCCUGCCACUAACUGCACAUUGGUUGAAUGUCUACCUAUUCAAUGUAAGCAUGGUUCUUUUAUACCAGAGAGGAAAUGUUGCCCUUAUUGUAAGCCAGGUAACAUUAUUUUAUUUAUUUAUGGUUUUCAUCAAAAGAUUAUUGUUGUCAAUAUAUUAUUGUCGUUAUCACUGUCAACUUCCCCGCUAGAAAAGCCAGGGAAAUGUCCACCAGUACAGAAUUUUACGGAAAAUAUAUGCCAACUUAUAAAAUUUGAACCAUGUAGAAAUGACCUUGACUGUACAGGUCCUGAUCUAUGUUGUCCAAACGGUUGUGGGCUUGCAUGUCAACGCCCGGUGCCAGAUUGUUCAGCAGUAUCGUGUUUAAUACCUGACUGUGCAGUGACGCAUGUACCACCUGGAGAAUGUUGUCCUGUAUGUGGACCAGAUUGUUCAACAGUUCUGUGUCCUCUAAUCAAAUGUCUUUUUGGUUCUUAUACACCAGAAGGAGAAUGUUGCGACACUUGCAAGCCAGAUUGUUCACAGGUCCCAUGCCCAGCUAUCGGAUGCCUGUUUGGUUCAUAUAAACCUGAAGGCAAUUGUUGCCCUAUUUGCAAUAAAGAGAAGCCAGGUGUUUGUAUAAAACCCGAAGGAUUUGGUGCAUGCGUGGAAUUGUGUUCUGGUGAUCAUGAUUGUACUGGUGACCAGAAGUGUUGCUCUAAUGGAUGUGGUCAUACAUGUCAGGAUCCAGGCAUUGAUUGCAGACUAGUUGAUUGUCAACAACCUAUUCGAUGUCUGCAUGGUUCUUACAUACCAGUUGGAGAAUGUUGCUCAGUUUGCAAGCCAGAAAAACCAGGAAAUUGCCCUAAUGUAGCCGGAAUGGUUGGCAUAUGUUUGGAAGCUUGUUCGGGGGAUCAUGAAUGUCUUGGGGAUCAGAAAUGCUGUUCUAAUGGCUGUGGUCAUACGUGCCAAGAUCCUGCUUCAGAAAUAUGUCCAAAUGGACAGAAUGGUACUUGUGGAUCAAUCGCUGGGAACAUUUGUCCUGAUACUACAGAGUGCAUGUUCAUGGGAAGUUUCCCCGAUGCACAAGGGAAAUGUUGUAUCAAAGAACCGAAACCUUUAUCAGCAUGCAGAGAACCGUUACAAAUAGGCCCAUGUAGAGCUGCAAUUCCUAGAUAUUUCUACAAUUCAACAUCGUGUAAAUGCGAAUUGUUCUCCUGGGGCGGUUGUCAACCGAAUGGGAACAAUUUCUUUGACCUUGAAUAUUGCCAAGCAUCCUGCGAGAAACCUAAUCCAAUAUGUGCAUUAGAGAAGAUAGAAGGUUAUUGUAAAACUAAUUGGAAUAUUGACAGAUGGCGUUACAACAGCACUUCUUGUAAGUGUGAACCCUAUAAAUGGCAUGGGUGUGGUAACGCUAACAGUUUCAUCUCAAAAGAAUUAUGUGAGUCAAACUGUGGAUGUCAUAAUUGCGAGAAGAAUACUCAUAUAUGCGAUUUACCGAUCAAACCUGAUGGUGGAGGUCCAAUAGUAUGUCUUGCGUACAUACCUAGCUACGGAUACAAUACCAAAACAUGCCGUUGUGAAAAAUUCAUUUACAGUGGCUGUGGAGGAAAUGCUAACCGGUUUGAAACGCUUGCGCAAUGUGAAAAACGAUGCGGAAAUCAUCGGUGUGAAGCACCUGUGUCUUGCAACCAACCAGUUGAUGAAGGAAGUUGCGACGAUCAAAUAGAUAGGUAUUUCUUUAACAAACAGACAUGCGAAUGCGAGAAAUUUAUUUGGACUGGAUGUGGAGGAAAUAGCAACAACUUCAAAACUCUUCAACAGUGUAAGAGAUCUUGCCGAAAAGAACCAUGUGUGAAGCCAACACCAAACUGCCUAUUACCAAAAGAGGUCGGUCCUUGUGACGCUGUAGUAAAAAGAUAUUAUUUUGAUAAAAUAGAAUGUCAAUGUAAAAUGUUUAAUUAUGGAGGUUGUGAAGGAAAUAGCAAUAACUUUCCAACGUUGAAGAAGUGCAAACAGGCAUGUCGAAAAACGGAAUGUCCUGUAUGCAAUCUUCCAGCAGACUCUGGCCCGUGCGAAGCUGCUAUGAGACGUUACUUCUACAACACAAAUACAUGUCAAUGUGAGGAGUUUAUUUACGGUGGUUGCAAGGGUAACGGUAAUAGGUAUGAGACAAUACAGGAAUGUGAAGCCAUGUGUGGCUCAUACCCAUGUAUCAGAGAUUGCUUACAGCCUCAAAAGGUUGGGCCAUGUAAAGCGGCAAUAAAAAGAUUCUAUUACAAUCCUCUAAAAAAUAAAUGCGAAAAGUUCAUAUGGGGAGGUUGUCAACCGAAUGGAAAUAAUUUUGAAAGUAAAAAAUUUUGUAAUAAAGCUUGUAAGAAAGCCGUUUGUACACUUCCAGCAGCGAUCGGGCGGUGUAAAGCACGUAUUGAGAGGUAUUACUAUAACUCCGAAACAAAGCAAUGCGAAGUGUUCUAUUGGGGAGGCUGUGAUUCGAACGGAAAUAAUUUUAAAACAGCAAAAGCAUGCAAAAAGAGGUGUGCCUAAAUAAAUCAUGGUGUAUACUAAGCUACUGAAUGGAAUCAACAAUGAAAAUAUGCCAUCGAACAGACUAGACACUCCCUUAAUAUCUUAAAUCAUUCUAUUACAAUAACAAAACAAAAUUUAAAUUUCUUUGAUAAAAAAUGUUUGGGUAUUUCAAUUCAUAUCAUCCUGAUGUGAGAAAUGUCGAAAAAAAAUUGAUGGAUUUGAAAAAUAAAUAUAAUUAGUAUUCAGUCUAUAAAAAUGCGUUUUAAAUCACCAAUUAUAAAAAUAAAGUAAAU